AUUGGCGCCGGUGCCACGGCUCGGGUCUUCAAGUGCAAACGACAGAAGGAUGGGAGGGUGUUUGCUGUGAAGUGCCUAUUCGUCCAACGAGCUCGAUUGUCGGAGGAGUUCGACCGAGAGCUAGAUGCCUUGCAUAAGGAGAUAGGGAUACUCUCCCGUCUCAAACAUCGCAACAUCGUAGCCUUGCAUGAUGUUGUCGAGACCCAGACUGCGGUGUACAUCGUUAUGGAGUAUGUUGGUGGUGGCGAGCUUUUUGACUAUGUUGUUGACAAUGACAACUUCAACAACGAGAACGUAAUACGUUUCGUUUUCUGUCAAGUUGUCGACGCCCUCCUCUACCUGCACGUCAACGGUGUUAUCCAUCGCGAUCUCAAGCCAGAGAAUAUUUUGGUGUCUAGCAUUACCACGUCGGUCCCCUCGGGCUACCAAGAGGUGCCUGGUGACAUGCCUGUUUACCCGGUGGUCAAGUUGGCUGACUUUGGUCUGUCUAAAGCGGUACAGAAUGCAUCGAGUUUAGCCAUGACUUGGGUGGGCACCCCUCAGUACUGGGCACCGGAAGUCAUCAAGGCUCAAGAGGAUAAUGUGGGUUACGAUGGCCGCGCGGAUAACUGGAGUCUUGGUGUACUGCUCUAUGUUAUGCUAG